AUGGUACAAGCGAUGUUUCCUCAUCUAAUCGGUAAUCCUGAAUCUGCAAACAGCAUCAUCAGAAACGCCUUCACACACUUCUUGCCCGAUCACAAGCCGCACAACUCUCCUGACCGUCACAGAACAAUUUACAAGCAUGUAUUGGAAGGGAUGGUCAAAAAAGGACAUUCGCCGUAUCUUAGCCAAUUUGCGGUCAAAAAACUGGCGAAAUUCGCUGAAGUGUGUCCAAAGAGAAUCAUCAACUGGUUCGUCAGUGGGAGACAUGAACUAAAAAACAGAAUAAGGUUCGGUUUUCGCCCGCUCGGUCUUCGAGCGAAACGUUCUGAAACAGAUUCAGUAGUCAUUAAGCUACUUGAUGAGGGCGUUCGAUUGUACGAGAGUGACGUUGAAAAGUUGUAUCGCUUUGGAAUUCCAGACGAGGAAAAGAUUACAAGAUCUGGAGAAGAGGUUGCCCCGUUCAUGAAAGUUCUGGUUUAUGUGUACCACAAAUUAACCUCUAUCGAUAAGAAUGCAAUGAUAGGUCGAUCCGAAGCGAUGUUACUGUCAAAAACGUUGGAUCUUAGUGGCCCAGAAAAGGUUACUGAAGGUGAAAAUGAUUUUGUUGCUUUCUUAAACUUCCAAAAAUAA